AUGGAUAAACUCCAGGCAUUCCUCCCUUCAGGGGAGAAAGGCUACUUGCCUUAUUACCUGUUCGUGAUCUCCGUCGUGGCCAUGGGCAAUGCGCUCCAAAACUACGCUACCCUGCACUACACACGCCGCAUCUACAACGGUCUCUUCGUCACGAACCACCUGCCGCCCGCCCAGGGUAGGUACAACCCGGAGGACAGCACACGCAUUGUCAAGCCGGCUUCGUCGACGGGCAAGGACGCCGAGAAGGCCAAGGACCAGGUUUCGCCUCUCGCUGCCCGAGUCUUUGGCACCUACACCUUCGUGGCGGGCAUCAUCCGCUUCUACGCAUGCUACCAACUCGAGAACCCGAGCAUGUACCAGCUGGCCAUGUGGACGCACGUCAUCGCCUCGAUCCACUUCACGACAGAGAUGCUCGUGUUCAAGACCAUCCGCUUUAGCGGGCCCCAGGCGUUUCCCUUCCUCGCGGGAUACGGUGGCGCCAUCUGGAUGGCGAUGCAAUACAACCACUAUGUGCAAUAA